UUAAUUAUAAUCUAUUAUCGUUGUCUCAUAUUUGACUCCUAAAAACGGAUGGAGUAGGUUAAGAUGGGACUUAGAACUUGGGGAGUAGUUUAGCCUUCACUAGUUAGCACUUUACUCUUUAAUAAUUAUUUUCUGAUUUUACUACGAAGAAUUAAUAAGUACAAAAUAUAAAAGACGAGUCCCUUAAUUAGACUAAUAAUUUAUUCAACAAACAGCAGUCACAAAAGAAACGUUCAAACUUCGAAUAUAUUUAUCUAGUAAGAUUUGUAUAUUCACAGAACAAAAAACAACUGUUAUACCUUAACCAAAAUGAAACCAGUCCAAAUAACUACAAUGAAAAUGGAAAUUGUUAACUUAUUUUCAAGUUCAUACGCUCGUUUUUAUAGCAAAGGUCAGAAGAAUAGUUACGAUGUAUUAGUUGUGGGAGGAGGUAUUGUUGGAUUUGCAACUGCACGAGCAUUAUUAUCACGCAAUAAGCAUCUACGUGUAGGUCUUGUAGAAAAAGAAAAUCAGCCUUCAGUUCAUCAAAGCGGACACAACAGCGGAGUUAUACAUGCGGGCAUAUAUUACAAACCAGGCUCGAUGAGAGCAAAAAUGUGCAUUGAAGGCCUCUAUAAAACUUAUGAAUAUUGUGCCAAAAAUAAUAUACCACAUAAAAAAUGUGGAAAACUCAUUGUUGCCACUGAAGAAUCCCAAAUAAAAAGUUUAAAUGACUUGUAUGAGCGAGGAUUAGAAAAUGGUACUCCUGAUAUAAAGUUGAUAAAUGGAAAUGAUAUCAAGACCAUUGAACCAUAUUGUAAUGGUGUACGAGCAAUUCAUUCACCACAUACAGGAAUUGUGGAUUGGGCAGUAGUGACAAAACAUUAUGCAACAGACUUCGCAAAUUUGGGUGGUCAAAUAAUUUACAAUUUUAAAGUGAAAUCAUUUGAAGAAUGUAAACAUAACAGAGCACUUAAAAUAAUUUCUGAAAAAAAUAACGAAGUAUUAGCAGAUUAUGUUGUUACGUGUGGUGGACUACAAUCUGAUAAAUUAUCAUUGAUGACUGGAUGUAAAGCUGAUCCAUACAUAUUACCCAUACGAGGUGAAUAUCUUUUACUUGGCAAAGAAAAAGCACAUCUUGUUAAAGGCAAUAUAUAUCCAGUGCCUGAUCCCAGUUUACCAUUUCUUGGUGUUCAUUUUACACCAAGAAUGGAUGGUUCGGUUUUUUUGGGUCCAAAUGCAGUUCUGGCUCUAAAACAAGAAGGAUACAGCUGGAAUGAUGUUAGUAUUUCUAAUACAAUAAGGCUUUUAAAACUAGAUGGUGUACAAAAACUAAUGGCAAAACAUAUGAAAUUUGGCAUAAAUGAAACUAUCAAGUCUUUAUUUCCUGCCAAGCAGCUAAAAGAAAUACAAAAUUAUAUUCCAGCCAUCAAACAAAAUGAUAUUAAAAGAGGUCCUACGGGUGUUCGUGCUCAACCACUGUGGGCAGAUGGAACAAUGGCAGAGGAUUUAGUGCUAGACAUAGCCUCAAAUGAUCCUUCAGAUUUAGUGAAGUAUAGAAUAAUGCAUUGCCGAAGUGCUCCAUCACCUUCGGCAACAUCAUCACUACCAAUUGGUGAAGUUAUUGUAGACAAAAUGUUUGCAAAAUACCCGCAUUUAAACCUUUUACCAAAUUAAAUUAUCAAUAUCUAUAGUGUUAUGAUAAUGUGAUCUACUUUAGUUUAUGUGGUGUGAGUAAGGUACAUUUGUUAAAAAUUAACAUAGAUUUAAGUCUCUGAGAAAAUAUUAACCAAACAGGCUAAUUUUUACACAGAGAAGCACAUUAACCAAAUACAAUGUAUGAUUUUGAAUCAAAAAUACAAAUUAUAUUACCACCAUAAUAAAUGUGAUGAUGACUAUUCUGCA